ACGAGCAAAAUUUAGGGUUUUGUGUCUUCUCUUCCCUUCCGCCUGUUAACCGUCGAAAGUACUUGCUCCGAACACUCACCGGAGUCGGAGGUAUCACCAGGUGUAUGCGAUGGCUCCUUUACAGCCCAAAAGUGGGUUGUUUGUCGGAUUGAACAAAGGCCACAUUGUCACCAAGCGUGAGUUGGCUCCUCGUCCUUCCAAUCGGAAGGGGAAAACAAGCAAGAGGGUGCAGUUCGUGAGGGGACUGAUAAGGGAAGUUGCGGGUUUUGCUCCUUACGAGAAGAGGAUUACUGAGCUUCUAAAGGUAGGUAAGGAUAAGCGUGCACUCAAGGUUGCCAAGAGAAAGUUGGGUACUCAUAAGAGGGCAAAGAAGAAGAGAGAAGAAAUGUCCAGUGUCCUCCGCAAGAUGAGGUCUGGUGGUGCAUCUCAUGAGAAGAAAAAGUGAUGGGAAGGUCCAAAUGGUUUGAAAUUGUCUUCAUAAAUCUUUUGAUGAUGUUGUUGUUUAGUGAUUCCAGAUCAUUUUUGUUAUGCAUUUCUCUAAUCUUACAACCAAACGUGAAAACUCUGAAAUUUUGAAUUACCCCAGAUAUUUGGAUUUUCUGUUGCCCUGCAACUUUCAUUAGCCACUCUUAAUUUGAUCUGAUUUUCUAGGAUGUGUUUGUGUUCAUCCCAUGUUACUAAUCAAAUCUACUGUCGGUU